AACUUGAUGUCCUUUCAAAAAAAAAAAAAACUUGAUAGAAAACUCCACCUUGUACUUAAUCUAGAUCACAUCUUUCUGACUUACACAAAUCUCAGUGAUCUGACCCCAGAAGAAGAAGAAUUUUUGGAGACUCUAGCAGAUUCGCAGGAAGUUCACAAAGUGCAAAUUCCUCCCAAAAUGAAACCUAUGAUUAUCAAGUUCAGGCCCUCUCUGAGAAACUUUCUGAAAGAGGCCAGUGGCUUAUUCGAAAUUUAUGCAUACACAAAUGCUCCUCGACCUCUUGUGUGGAAAAUUGUUGAGCUACUGGAUCCCAGAAAUGAGUACUUCGGUCGUAGAGUAAUAACGCCUGACUAUCUUUGCAGCACCCACGAAGGAAAGAAGUGUCUUAAUCCUGUGCUUGGCCAAGAGUCUGCUGUUUUGGUGGUUGAUUACAAUCUAUGCGGAUGGAAGAGGGAAAAUCGAAAAAAUGUACAGGUAGUUUCAAAGUACAGUUUCUUCAAAAAAAGGAGUGGCCAGAAGAGAAAAAGAAAGUCUCUUUGUGAGUUGAAAUCUGAUGAAGGGACUGAAUGUCUUGUAGUUCUUCUUAGAAAUCUUAAACGAAUACACAGCAGGUUCUUUGUUGAUGAAGUAAUGUUCAACAGAGAUGUGAGGAUGCUGUUAAAAAUAGAUUGGGACCCUAUUUGUGAAGAUGGUAGGCUUAAGUUGUGGAAGAGGACAUUGUCAAACUGUAUGCAGAAAAAAGUUAUGGCGUCACUUAGGCAACAGAAGAAGAUAGCAGGGCAGUCCUCCAGAACUACUUAUGUUAAAGAACAAGUAGAUAAUCCAUCAUCGUCAGAGGUUGCAGGAGCAGCUCACGUCGAAAGGUCACAGGCUCGUUGGAUCCAUCCGAGUUGGAUUGACAUAUCAAUCCGUUUAUGGCAAAAGGGACAUGUGGGCAAGUUUCCUCUUAUCCUCAAGGAUAGCGAAUUUACCUGCAGCUCAUGUGGUUGCAGCUCAUUUUGGAACACGGGAAUCUCCUUGGGCAGUGAAAGGAAACAACAUAUGUGUCCAUCGGAAGAAGCAUCAAUUGAUCCCUCUGUGGAAAGAGAGUCCUGAAGAAAAGUUCUCUGUUACUGAUUGAGGAUGAUGAAAUUGGCAAGAAAUGGAAAGAAACACCAGUGUGAUUAAUAGUAGGAAGAGGAAGAGGUUAGAGCAACAUGUUGUCAAAAGUCUCUAAAGUUGGGAUCGUGUAUAAAACUGUUUGUUUUUCUUAUGUGAUCGAUGAAUGUUCAUCCAAUGCGGUCACAACAUUUUGUAUGAACUUGAAUUAAUUAUUGCGACUGAUGAUGCUAAUGUGCAUCUUCUUUCUAUA